UCUUCUUCAUCUUCUUCUAAUUUUUCCCUCUCUUCUUUCCUAUUCUAAUCUAUUUUAUAUAAUCGCAAUUACGAAUUUUAAUAUUCCACCAUAAUCAAUAAUCGAAAUCUCUUCAAUGAAAACCAAUUGAUUCCAAAAUCUACAAGAAAAAUUCAAAUUCAAAUUCUAUUCUCUUUUUCGAAUAUCAUCAUUUUCUCUCUCAUUCUAUUUCUCUCUCUUUCGCUCUCCUUUCGAUCUUUUAUUUUCCUCUGUCUAUUUAUCCAGAAUUUCUUUCAGUCUCUUUGUUAUUAAAUUUAAAUUCUCUUGUAAAUUAAUUCUCUCUCCUUGUUGAUUGUGAUUCUAUUGAAAGAGAAACAGUUUUCUAACCUGAUUGUGGUAAUUAAAGGUUUUCCUUUUUCUUUUUGGUUUGUUAAUUGUUCCAAUAAAUGAUGGCCAGUGAUGGUGAUCAUCAAUCACAAGCAACUACCAGUGGAACCUCAACAACAAUUCAACAUUCUGGUGGUAAUGGCGGUGGUGGUGGUGCAAUUAUAUUAGAUUGUCCUGAUUUAGAGAAACCAAGUGAUUCAAUUGAUGAUCUGAGAAAAGAAAUUGAAAGAUUAAAAUCAAGAUUAGAAGAGGAGAGAAAAAAAUUAAAUGAUGUUACAUUUUCACAAGUAGCUCAACGAUUAGAAAUUCUUGGAACUCUUAAUAUAAAACAAAGGAGAGUAUUAAAAGGACACCAAGGAAAAGUAUUAUGUUCAGAUUGGUCUCUUGAUAAGAGACAUAUUGUCAGUUCAUCUCAAGAUGGUAAAAUGAUUAUUUGGGAUGCAUUUACCACUAAUAAGGAACACGCGAUUAGUAUGCCAACAACCUGGGUAAUGUCCUGUGCAUAUGCACCUUCCGGGACCAUGGUAGCUUGUGGAGGAUUGGACAAUAAAAUAACUGUUUUUCCAUUGAGUAUAGAAGACGAUGCUCAAGCUAAAAAGAAACACGUAGGAACUCAUACUAGUUACAUGUCCUGUUGUCUUUUCCCUGGCACUGAUCAACAAAUUCUAACUGGUAGUGGGGAUAGUACUUGUUCACUAUGGGAUGUUGAAUGUUCCACUUUAAUUCAAAAUUUCCAUGGUCAUCUUGGUGAUGUUAUGGCCAUUGAUCUCUCUCCUUCUGAAACUGGCAAUACUUUUGUCUCUGCCGGAUGUGAUAGACAAGCAUUAAUUUGGGACCUGAGAACGGGACAUUCAGUGCAAUCAUUUGAAGGACAUGAGUCCGAUAUCAAUUCUGUAAAGUAUCAUCCAAGUGGAGAUGCAAUUCUUACCGGAUCAGAUGAUGCCUCUUGCCGUCUUUAUGACCUACGUGCUGAUCGAGAAGUAGCUGUCUUUUCAAAAGAAAGUAUGUUUUUCGGUGUAAACUCGGUCGAUUUUUCAGUUAGUGGUCGUAUCCUGUUUGCCGGUUACAAUGAUUAUACUGUGCACAUUUGGGAUGCGUUGAAAUGCCAACGACUCUGUAUUUUAUAUGGACAUGAAAAUCGUGUCACUUGUAUCAAAGUCUCUCCCGAUGGAACAGCUUUAUCCACUGGAAGUUGGGAUUUUUCUCUUAGAAUUUGGGCUUAGAAUGUUUUAUUAUUGAUUCAUAGUAAACAAAAGAUAAUCGAGCCAAUUACACAAAAGCAUCUCCUCUCUUUUCAAAUACAUUCACUCACUCGCACCAAACAAUUUACAAUCUGAUGAUUGAUUUGAUUUACAUUAUCAAACAUCAAUUAACAUGGAUAGAAAGUGAUAAGACAAUAAUUGAAAGGAAGGAGUUGAAAUUUCCUUUGAGAAAUUGUUUUUUUUCCAUGACAAUUAGAAAGUGAUCUAAUAAUAUGAGGACUAAUUACUUUUUAAUUACAUUAGCAUGGAAAUGAAAUUGUUACAUUAAGACGUUACAAUGAUUUAUUAUAAAAUUUUACUGUUUAUUAUGUAAAUAUUGAAACUAUUACAUACCUUGAAUUGAACCUCAACUACUACACAAUACAAGACAUUAAUGGUGAUCAUCAGCUGAUUGGACUGACUGUUCAUUUUGAUUCGGACACACAAACAAUUAAAAUUAAGGAACCAAAGUUGGUCAAACAAUUUACCCAAAGACCAACAAUCGGCCAUUUUCUCUCUCUCUCUCUCUCUCUCUUUUUGUACAUUGAUGAACAAACUCCUACCAUAGACUAAGAAAAUAACAAUUUGUUGAUCAAUCAACGAUAAUCAA